CGACAUUGUCGACGACGUCUUUUCCUUUCCUUCAUCCUCUCAAAUCAGAAUCCGAAUUCCAGAUAAUUAUCGUCGGAAUUCAGAAGCCAACCAAUACGAAACCCUAAUUUACACGUAGCGGGAGAUUUUACUGCAAGAGACUCGCGAUUCCGACCCGCUUUCAGACGGUCGAAACACGCCGUUUACCCACCUGUUCAAUUACGUUUAUACUCACAAUUUUGAGACCUCAAUUCGAUUCUCUUUUUGGGUCGAGCAAAUGAUAGAACCUGGAAGCUCACUUGAUCACGCUUGAGUCUGUAGAGUCUGUGGCGCAAAUAUGUAUCAUGCCAAGAAAUUUUCAACUGCGAGCUUAGUGCCGCAUAAAACUCAAGAUGCCGAACAAGUUGCCAAUGCUGGAAGUUUAGGUGGAGCUGGAGUAAAGAAUAACAGUCCUCCUGGAGGUUCUGGGAAACAGCGUUUGCGGUGGACUUCAGAUCUUCAUGACCGCUUUGUGGAUGCAAUCACACAACUUGGUGGACCAGAUAGGGCAACACCGAAAGGUGUCCUAAGAGUGAUGGGUGUCCCUGGACUUACCAUUUAUCACGUGAAAAGCCAUUUACAGAAAUAUCGCCUUGCAAAAUACCUGCCAGAGUCUUCAGCUGAUGGUUUCAAAGACGAGAAGAAAGGCUCUGCAGAAAGCCUCUCUGACAUGGAUUCUUCCCCGGGGGUUCAGAUUAAUGAAGCAUUGAGAAUGCAGAUGGAGGUCCAGAAGCGUCUACAUGAACAACUUGAGGUGCAGAGGCAGUUACAAAUGAGGAUAGAAGCCCAAGGAAAAUACUUGCAGAAGAUCAUUGAGGAGCAGCAGAAACUAGGUGGGGUGCUAAAAGCUUCUGAGCCACUGGCCAAGGAGAAGGAAACGGCCUCUCCAACUGAGAUGCCUCCAACUACCCCAUCAGGAGUGUCUUCUCCCCGUAAGAAACCAAGGUUGGAUGAUGAUUUGAGAGAUGACAGCUGCUGUUCCCCGGUUCCUACAGAAAUCUGACCAGAAGAACAUCUUAAUUGGGACCAAAAAUUGAAUCUUGGGGAUGGGAUUGAAAGAUAGAGAGAAGAUGGCGGCGUUGCAACAUGGCCUAUCGAACUGGGCCCCAUGUGUAAAUCUAAGUAAGAGCUCUCUUUGUCAUUAGUAACAUGCUUGUCCAGAUACAGACCACGCUUGUUGGAAGUGCAUACCUGUAAUCAAUUUAUGGUUGUAUAAUUCAAAACAAUGUGUAGUUGUUCCAUUGCCUUCUCUGUAAUUUGCAUAGAAGUUGAGAUUCUCAGUAUGUUAUAGUAUUCUUAUUUGAUGAGAAGCUGGAUUUCAUCUGAA